AAGCAUAGUAAGCUUUAAGCCUAAUGACAGCUGUGAUGUUAUCUGUUUGAGACGACCUUGCUCAACUCGCUAGGGUGCAUUUUUGAGUGCACAUGUAAGGAAGCGCACAACCUCUAUGUAAUAUCACAUUCGUUUUGUUUUAGUGUGAUCGCUGGCUGGAUGUGUGCUGGAUUCAGUUCGGUAAGAAGUAUGUUGGAAUCUUUGUUUUUGUGAAUACUGUUAAAAGUCUUGUUUUAGAGGAGAAGUGGGAACAGCUAGUUCACAUUUAUUCCUGUAUUUUAAGAGUUUUUUGGGGCUACGCUUUUUUUACGGGUCCGUUUUUAGCUGGAGCUUACUUCUAUGCAGCAGGAUGAUGGAGAACAGAGUGUUAGAGCGCUCAGGAGAGAGUAAAGAUCCUCCACAACUCUUCACAUACUAUCAGGGCGACAUCAACACUGCGGUGGACGAGCACUUCUUCCGCGCGCUCAACAAAGCCACCAUACCGAAAGACCUCAGCAUUAAAGCCAAAGACAGCAGCAGGACUCCCAGAUCCGAUAUCCCCUCAUCAUCUUCAUCAUCACCAUGGGCUAUGUCAUGGUCUAAACCCAGCACACACUCUUCCUCAAAACUGACCCCCCUCACCUCCAUGGAAACCCCAUCUCCAUCUCAGGGAGUUAUCGUGAACCCCUCGGGACUUUCAUCAUCGUCGUCCUCUUCAUCAUCUUCAUCUUCAUCACUGUGGCCCUGCGCACCCAGACAGAGCUCAUCAGCUUUUGAACUGCCUCAGAUCCUCUACCAGCAGCAGGCGAGCGGCGAGAGCAGCGCCAGCUCUUACCUCAAUCUCCUGCAGAUGGAGCGGCCCGCAGGGGGCAUCAUGAUCUCACCCUUCUCCAAAUCAGACACCAGACCUGAGUGGAACUCUGGGACAGCUUUUAAAGAUGUGUCUGGAAGCAGAAUCAGCCUCGAUUCAGGUUUGCCUGUCUCAGAAAUCAAUAAGGAUUUGUACUGGUAUUGAAGAAGUGAUUUCUGGCUCUGAUGAAAAUACAUAUUCAGCAGCACAAGACUGGUCUGUUUACAUGAUUAUGUAAGAAGGCUGUGUUUUUGACCAUCUGUGACUCAAACAUUAUAUUCACAGUGUCAGACAUUCCUCUGAGAUGAGCAGCAUUUAAUCGCUUCUUUCAGCUGUGAAUGUGUGAAUAAACUUGCAUUAAUAAUACAUAAACAAGAAAACCUGAUUGGAAACGACGCACUUCUCUUAGAUGUCUAAUUAGUGACUUAGAAAGUAAAUUCUAUUUAUAUGAUUUGCAGUACAAUAUUGUUUAUCAGACUUUCUUUUGUAAGUAUUCUGCGUUUUGAAAGUUGUAUUCUACUUUUCGUAAUGCAAAAGCUAUAUUGAAUAUAGUAACUGAAGGGAAACUUUCUCCUUGAACACUUCCUCAUACAUUACCUCGAGGCAUAAAAUAACUUUAAAACCCCAUUUUCAAGUAUGUUGACUCUUGAAAUGAGAUGGAGUGGUAGAAGUCAGCUGACAAAAACAAAGCAAAAAUAAAUUUCUCUGAAACUGUACAAUUUGUACUGAAGUUCCUCGUCUCUACAAACCUAUUUUCCUCAAAGCAGUGAUGUCACAAUCCCUCGCUUUUGAUAGAUGAUUACAACAAAACAGCUCUGAACAAUUGUGAUGUAUAAACGCAAUUAUUUUCAGUAA